AUGCUUCACAAUUCGACACUCAGAUCUGCACAAGAAGAAGAGAGCGAUCUCGCCAGCAGUGACAUGAAAUGGAGCCAUGACAGCGACUCGGAGAGCUUCAAGACGGUCAACUCCCUCUAUAUUGACAUCAAGGAUGAGGAUAACGUCGAGGCGAGUGAAAAUAUCAAAAGACAUGACAAAAGCUCGCAAAGCAGCCAAGGUGAGGAGAAGGACGUUAACAAACAACCUGAGAAAGUGGCGCCACUUUUUACGGUGAUGGAAACAAGGCUUUCAGAUCGACAGCAAGCACUAGGAACGUGGCUACAAGGAUCAGCAUCUCACGAAGCCAUCAGUGGCCUUCAGGUCCAAACUGACCUCAGUUAUAGCAGUGGCGAGAAUACGACGGACACCCCCGAGAUGAUCGACGAGCCUUCAGUCAGCAGAGAGGCGCGUACGAGCUGGUUCCAUCCAUCCUUGACAGAGGCUGCCAUACGCGCCGCAGCUCCGUUCUUCUCUCAAUGGCUUCCGGCUCAGAAUAACUCUACCACUGUAACUGCAGCUGCUAUGGGACCUCAGAUCCUGGAUACAUCCACACUUCAUACUGAAUCGGUGAUCCUUGAUAGUGCGGAGCAGCCGCUGCCCGAGGUACAUCUCCGAGAAACGCGUGGCAGGAGCGUUCAUCGCAUGGGCACAUCCGAGAUCGACAAAGAUCCUUCGCAACCCUUAGAAGCAGAUGCACCAGAGCUUCCGUCUCCAUCUUGGUACCGUCAUCACUCGCGAUUCUUACCAUCGGUCUAUCAAUCCACAAUUGCUGGAUCCUGGUACAAUUCUAUGAUCGUCUCGCCCAAUACCUCUUUAAUAUCUCGCCAAAACCAAGUCCGACCGGACGACAGCCGAGUGGAAGAAGAUACGGCUGCAGGUUUUAGUCACCGAGGCAGCGCUGCAGUCGGGCGAUUCACUGAGCUCGUUGUGUUCACAGGUCAGGCGACGCUUGACUACUUGACGGAUACGAUCGCGCCUGCGGCCGUCAAUGUGGUCCAUCGGGGUACUUCUUCCACCAUAGAUUUCUUAUCGACCCAGCUUCAAGCCGUGCCACAGCUGUUCAGUGGGCUUGUAAGGGAAUCCUCAAAAUAUCAGAGCACGAGCCACAGCGCGAACGAAGGUACAGGUACAGCUGAAGAAGGCUCGCACGACAAUGAGACAGAGAAUGUCACUCAAAGGUCACGAUCCGCACCGAUCAUGCUCAGCACGACUUUGGGUGCCGAAGGAAGGAGCGUCACCCGGCCCGCAGCGGGUGCAACUGCUGCGCCCAGACAUCGGUCGACCGAUACAUACAUCCUUGCCAUGACUGGAACCAAAAAGGAUUCUGAGGACACAGCGCCGCCAAGUCAUAUUACCAAACAAUCUCGACCAGGUCGACGUCGUUACCCUUUACAGGCCUUCCCAGGACCCGAGAAUCUGGACUCUGAGAUUCGACGCCAACUUGAGGCCGAGGGGUUGGCAUCGCUAGAUUUGUGUCAUGAAGGCAAGAGGCGGUGUAAAGAACGCUCUUGGUGGGAUCCAAGACGAUAUGGUCUGCCAAAAUAUAUCGUCUGGAGCGCAUUCCGGAGGCCGCGGCCUUGUACGAUGAUUCUGCUUAUGAUUCUGGUCGUCUGUAUUGUUUUGCCAGUGGUGCUUCGAAACUGA